AUGACUCCAAAGAGACACGACAUCAGAGAAACAGCAGCUCCAAAAAACAAUAAAUCAGAGAAAAGACACGACACCAGAGAAACGACGGCUCCAAAAAACAAUAGACAAGAGAAAGCGCGCGACGAUGACACCAGCGAAAUGACAGAACCAAAAUGCAAUGCUACUAACAAAAUGACGACUCCAAAGAGACACAACACCAGAGAAAUGGCGGCCUCAAAAAACAACGAUCAAUAUUAUCUAAAAAAA